UGUAGGAAGAAACAAAGACGACGACUUUGACCUUUACGGUGGUCCGCUCCACAGACGCAUCUUUCUCUUUCUAUCCCACAGACGCAGAUCGGACGAACUCUGAACCCGAUCGGACGGCCUGGUUCUUGUUUUUUUUUUUUGCUUCAUCGCGAUCUCCGUAUUCGGAUUUUUGCGAACAAUUCUUGUUCUUACCCGGUACUGCUACCAGUAAUCCACCACCCUCAUUACGCAGGUAGGAAAUGGAUGUCGACAAUUGGCGCUGGGGAUUGGCCUAUGAUCAGUGGGUGGCACUGCCGGUGUCUAGUUCUCGACCGCCAGCUCGUUAUAAGCAUGCUGCAGCUGUAGUUGAUCAGAAACUGUACAUUGUCGGUGGAAGCCGUAAUGGCCGGUAUCUCUCUGAUGUGCAGGUCUUGGACCUUAGCAAUUUGUCCUGGUCCAGUCUUAAACUUCAAAUAAAUUCUAGUGCUGAGAAUUCUGAAGGCAAUGGUGCACCGGAGGCCCUUCCACCUAUCGCAGGGCAUAGCAUGGUCAAAUGGGAGAAGAAACUUGUCAUGCUGGGUGGAAAUUUGAAAGGAUCAUCUGAUAGAAUUUUGGUUCAUUGCAUUGAUCUAGAAACAGACAUAUGGAGCAUUAUGGAGACGUUUGGAGAAGUUCCGACUGCUCGUGCUGGACAUUCAGCAACACUUUUUGGUUCCAAAAUCAUAAUGUUCGGUGGUGAAGAUGAAAGCCGGAGUCUUCUAAAUGACAUCUAUGUUCUUGAUUUAGAGACGUGGACCUGGGAUGUACUGGAGACAAAGCAGACACCACCACCUCCAAGAUUUGAUCAUACAGCAGCAAUGCACGCAGAACACUACCUCCUAGUUUUUGGCGGUUGUUCUCACUCAGCCUUUUUUAGUGAUCUUCAUGUGCUGGAUUUUCGAACUAUGGAGUGGUCCCAGCCAGAAUUACAGGGUGAUUUGGUGACUCCCAGGGCUGGCCAUGCUGGUAUAACCAUUGGCGAGAACUGGUAUAUAGUCGGUGGUGGUGAUAAUAAAAAUGGUUGCCCAGAAACAAUUGUGCUUAAUAUGUCUAAGCUUUCUUGGUUAGCUUUGACAAGCGUAAAGCAAAGAGAACCCCUUGCUAGUGAGGGAAUCAGUAUCAGUUUGGCUACAAUUGAACAAGAAAAAUAUCUGGUUGCAUUUGGUGGUUACAACGGAAAGUAUAACAAUGAGGUUUUUGUCAUGAGACCCAAACCAAGAGAUUCAUCACGUCCCAAGAUAUUCCAAUCACCAGCAGCAGCGGCAGCAGCAGCUUCUGUUACUGCUGCAUAUGCCUUAGCCAAGACUGAAAAGUUGGACUUUGAAAAAAUAGAAGAUGAUGUCUCUAAGGGAAGAGAGGCAAGGCAUUCUCAACCAGAUGGCACUUUUGAACUCGAGGCCAUUAGAGAAGCGAAAGCUAAGCUAGAACUGGCACUUUCUGAAGUUGAAGGAGAAAACUCUAAACUUAAACAACAGAUUGAUGAAGUAAACAAUACUCAUGCAGAGCUGUCCAAGGAAUUACAGUCAGUACAAGGUCAACUAAUAGCCGAACGAUCAAGAUGCUUUAAACUGGAGGCACAAAUAGCUGAACUACAAAAUAUGCUAGAAUCGAUGCAAUCCAUUGAGCAUGAGGUCCAACUCCUGAGGGAACAAAAAUCUGCACUGGAGCAACAUAUGGAGGUUGCUUCAACUGUUCAGAGACAAGGUUCUGGCAGUGUGUGGCGGUGGAUCGCGGGGGGUACCAGCAGCUAGUCCUCAGAAGCCAGUUUGAUAAAUUCUGCUCCAGUAAGACGACCACCUUCAAACAGCCAGGAUGUUGUGAAGCUAAGAUCAAUCAUGUUACAUCAAAAAAUUUCGGUAUCGGUUUCUUAAUCUUUGAUUGGCACGUAACAGAGACGACACUUGAUGUGCUCGAUUUGCAACAGAUUACACGACUUCGCCCCAAUGGAUACAAAAGAUGAAGUUGUAGUGCUCUGGAAACACUACAGAUAGUUGGACUCUAUUCAUUUUUCAGCAUUUGUUCUUAUACUCAUUCUUUGGAUUGCCUUCUCUGAUUGUUUUGGUCUUCUUCUAUCAUUGACCAAUUACUUCAUUCAAAUGUGGGAGCGUUCUCCAUUUUGGGUAUCUGUGUGAAACUUCUCUUAUGUACAGUAAAUAGUAUUUAAAUGUUUUCAAGCUAAGAUAGAAAUUUACACAAA